CCAGUCUCAGCUCCACAUUCGUCUCUGAACCACCGGCUGUGAACUGUUGCGUUUCGUUGUGGUGGAGCCGCACAACUCAUGGCCUUCUCAUAUAUGAUUCUCUUGUCGCAGCCUUAUUCGAGUCCGGUAUUUUCUCAGGUUGAAACUCUAUUUGCAUCGACCGUGACUUGUCAAAAUGUCUGCCUCGACACCUGAAAAACAAGGCAGAGCGCUUCUGUCGAAUGAACAGCCAAGCACAAGCAGCAGCGCCCAGUCCAAUCCGCAGCUGCAGACUCAACAGCCUGAUUGGAGGUCCCCAACGGGAAAUGUUAGCGACAAUCCAAACGCGAUUCCGAACUGGCCAGCGAAAUACCAGGUUGGGGAUGCUGUUUGGGUGUACAGAGAGGGCGAUGGGUGGGUCCAAGCAAAGAUCAGUAGCGUUCAGUCGUCUGGAGCUAGCUGGGGCUAUCAUCUGAAGGACAAGAAUGGACGGGCAGUGUGGCUAGAUCGACCGACUUUGUUUAGAGAGAAUGAGCUCUCAGUCGAUGAGGGCGAUGAUUGAGACCGCCACGGCUGAGCGCGAAGGGUGCAGCAAGAGAUCGGGUGACACCAAUCAAACAUCCCCAUUAGACAAGGC